AUGGACCAGCCAGUUACAAGUUGGGAUGUCAAUAAAGUGAAUUAUUGGCUUUCUUCACUUGGAUAUUCUGCAUAUGAAUCACAAAUAAAAGAACAAGAUAUAAGCGGAGAAAUAUUAGUUCAUUUAGAUCACGAGGCACUCAAGGAUCUUGGUGUUCGUUCAGUUGGUCAACGAGUUACAAUACUUAAAGCAAUAUACAAUCUAAAAAUACAACAUAAUAUCCCUGUAGAAACAGGAGAAUAUGUUCCGCCAUGUAUGUAA